AUGGCGACUCCAGCCCCCAAGGACCAGCUUCCUGUCGAUGCAGAAGAAUGGAAUCACGAAGCAGAGCAAGCUGGAACUACAUUGCGCUCGUUGAGAUCAUGCCGAGAACUCAUGUCUGGCUCAAAAGUCACCAAAGAGCAGUAUCUACUCUUCCGGGUUAUUUGCAAAAGGCCAAGUCGUUCUUUUGAGUCGGGCCGCUUUGGGUUGACUGCCUUGAUGCAGCAGGCGGAUCCGGUCACAAGCUCCCCGGGAUUGCAGAAAUAUCUCGAGUCGCCUAUCGGAACCAACAAGAGCUCAUCCAUCGAGGCAACAAGGCAAUCCAUCGAGCGAGCCGGUGGUCAAUACCGCCCUAAUCACGUUCCUGCCGAGCUUGUGGCCUGGAUUAAAGAGCGACCGGACCCCAGUGGUAGUCCCCCAGCCUGGCGUCCACUCGUCUCUCAGGAUGGCGUUGAGCUGUAA